UAGGUGGGACCCAGGAUGGCAGCUGCUCAGGAUUUGCAGAUGGAGGACAUGGAAGAAGAGAUGGAGGAAGAAAAGAAAAUGAGAGAAGAUGGGGAAAGUAAAGAUCCCUUCAAGAAUAAGAAGGUCCACAGGAUUGUCUCAAAUUGGAUGCUUCCUGAACAUGCCCGAAGAACAUACCUGGAGAGAGCUAACUGCCUCCCACCCCCGCUGUUCAUCAUCUCCAUCAGUCUGGCCGAGCUGGCAGUGUUUAUUUACUAUGCCGUGUGGAAGCCUCAGAAACAGUGGAUCACCUUGGACAUGGGCAUCUUGGAGAGUCCGUUUAUCUACGAUCCUAAGAAGAGGGAGGAGGCCUGGAGGUUUAUCUCAUACAUGCUGGUACAUGCCGGAGUUCAGCACAUCUUGGGGAAUCUUAUUAUGCAGCUCGUUUUGGGUAUUCCCUUGGAAAUGGUCCACAAAGGCCUCCGAGUGGGGCUGGUGUAUCUGGCAGGAGUGAUCGCAGGAUCCCUUGCCAGCUCCAUCUUUGACCCUCUCAAAUAUCUUGUGGGUGCUUCAGGAGGAGUCUAUGCUCUGAUGGGAGGCUAUUUUAUGAAUGUUCUGGUGAAUUUUCGAGAAAUGAUUCCUGCCUUUGGAAUUGUCAGACUACUGAUCAUCAUCGCUAUAAUUGCAUCGGAUGUGGGAUUUGCUCUCUACAGAAGGUUCUUUGUCCCUGCAAAUGGGUCACCGGUGUCUUUUGCAGCUCACAUUGCAGGUGGAUUUGCUGGAAUGUCCAUAGGUUACACUGUGUUUAGCUGCUUUGAUAAGACGCUGCUGAAAGAUCCACGGUUUUGGAUAUCAAUUGCAGCUUAUUUGGCUUGCAUCUUAUUUGCCGUGCUUUUCAACAUUUUCCUAUCCCCAGCAAACUGACCUGCCCUAAUAGAAGCCAAUUAAUAAAAAAGAGUCAUCUGGGGGAAAACUGGAGCACUCUAUGAAGAAACAGAGAAGCCCCAGCAAAUCUUAUUAUAAAAGAAGGAAAAAACACCACUGAAGUGAUCAGUUGCGAGGACUUGUAACAAAAGGUUUUAGGUUUUAAGGAGGGGCUUCUAGAUACAAGGGGAGGGAAGAGGAAGAGAAAAGGGAAGUAAAGACUAGAAAUCUGGUCUUUCCCAGGCAUAUGGUGGGCAUGCAUGCAUCCUCUAAAAGAGACUUGUUUUUCGAGGAUGUAUUAUAGAGACGGCUUGCUGGAAUCAAGAACACUGUACUAUGCUGAUAAUAAAAACUUUUCAUACCUG